AUGGACUCACAAGAUACAUUUCCAGCAUUUAAUGCUGACGAAAACAAUAUGAACAACAUCGCCAAUGAUUUCGAAAUGAGCGUUGCCUUUGAUGGAGGGGGAGCAGGCACUGGCUUGGCUCCAUUCGAUGAUGUCGAUUCAACUGAUGUUUUUGAAAUCGAGGGAAUGGGCACUGAUUUGACAUUCCUCGAUGAUAUCGACUUAACUAAUGACAUUGAUGACGGAGGAAUAGGCACUGGCUCGGUUCCCUUCGACAACGAGGCAGUUGCUGAGGGCACAAAAGAUUGUUCUGAUACCAUAUAUGAUCCAUCCUCUGAGGUAGAUAAAGACGGUUGCCCCAAAGCGGGUUAUCGAUGGUGCUGCAAGGGAUGGUAUCAAGUCAAGUCGGGUUAUUUCUCCUCCUCACACAUUCAGCCUCAUGCUGCCAUGGCCAUCCUAACAUUCACCCUCAGCGAAGAGGGCGUAACGGCGUUUCGCGACGCCCUCAAUUGCUUGAGCAAGUUUAGCGAAGAUGUCUCCAUCGAAGCGCGAAAGGAUUCUUUCUUCCUAUCUACCAUGAACACCUCAAAGUCAGCCUACGCGAGCUUCCGGUUUGCGACCAACCGGUUCUUUGGCCGCUACCAGUACCAAGCCACGGGGCAGUUUCAAGACAAAUUCUACUGCUCCAUGUACAUAAGAGGCUUGAUCUCUCUCUUCCGCAGCAGAUCUGGAGUCGAAUCACGGGGAGAUGUAGACAAGCAAACCAUUAUAGAUCGGUGCGACGUCGCCAUUGAAGAUGGAGAAGGCGUCAAAAGCCGUUUCAUCGCCCGCAUAAUAUUUAGGAACGGACUCACAGCUACGCAUCGACUGCCCUUUGAAGUCAGCAUGCCGGUGCACGCCAAAUUCAACAGGCAGGAAGCCCUAUAUCACUGGAGUAUCUCGUCAAGAACAUUGAAGCAGCUGGUGGACCACUUUGGGCCCGGAACAGAGUAUCUAGAGGUCAACACUGACGGCGAUCACGUCAACUUCACUUGCUUUAGCGAGAAGACCAUUAGCGACGAUGCGGUCCUUAAGAAACCUCUGCAUACCUCGAUUUCUGUUGAAACAGACGAGUUUGAUGACAUUGACGUGGAAGACAAGCUCCAAAUCGUCGUCUCCAUCAAGGACAUUCGAGCAAUCACGCAGCACGCAGCCAUCACCGGCAACGCCAUUGCAGCUCGAUACUCUCUCCCUGCGCGGCCAAUGCAAUUAUCCUACGCCAGCGACGCCAUCUCUUGCGAGUUUCUCAUCAUGACAGUAGGCGAGCGAGGCGGUAAUCCUGCGCAAAGGACCAAAAAAGUCCGCAAGGGCGCCCCAAGCAGCAACAAUCAUGUGCCGCCACAUCUAGAAGCUACAUCUCGUCGCACAAGCGCAGCACCGUCACAGACCACGGCUGAGAUCCAGCGACAACAAUCCGAAAUGCCACCGCCAGCGUCAUCACGGCCACCGAAUCCGACUCCUCGGUUAAGCGCUGCUAAAGCGAGUGCUUCUCGCAUUGGCGCUUUCGAUUUUCGACCUUCGCAGAGACCGCCGCCGCCCACGUUGAGAUCUGACAGCCUUUUUGUCGAAGAUGAGGCGUGGGAGCCAGUAAGAGACGAGGAUGAAGACGGUGAUGAAGAUGCACGAUUGGAAUGGGAUAAUAGUGCUGACCCCAACCCCUCUAUUUCGCACAUGAGCCGCGCAGAUGAUAUUCGUACUGGUAGCUACGAGCCGACAAACGACAUCGACGCCACAGGAGCAGCAGCAGAAUCAACAUACGUUGAUCCGACCCAGAGACUAUCCGAUGUCAAAGGCUUGAAUCUGUUUCCCGACUGA